UUCAGGUUUAAAACAGUAGGAGGUUAUCUUUCAACCAGACCUGUGUUGCCUGAAACUCGUGUAUCUCCACUUAUGAAGUGAGGAUCAGCUGAUGGCGGCAACUACUAGUGGAGAAAAAAGAUGAAAAUAAUGACUUAAACUCGCCUUCCGUGGGUGCUCUGAGCCUCUCCUUCCCCACAAGCAGAGGUGCAGCAUGGAGGGAGAGAAGUUGGCUGAGUUCAUCUCCCACACUCAGGCUGAUCCCAUCUUGGCACGACAUGUAUUGCAGAGUGUGAAUUGGGAUGUGGAGGCUGCAGUUCGCUUAUUUUCGGUGCUACGAGGGGCCAGUCCCGCCCACCACUCAGGAACAGUACGGUCAGCUCCUUCCAAAUUCCCCCCCUCAGCCAAGCCACCUGUUGCACCUAAGCCAGUGUUUGACCACAAACCAAACCAAGACACUAUGCGUCUGCUGGCUGACACAAGAGGGCAAGGAGGGCCCAAGCUGGCACCGCUGCCACCCCCAAGAGCCAGGAAGAUGGGAGCACUACCUAAGAUACACCAGGAGAUCCCUGCAGCACCCCCUGGUCUGCCUCCAGUGGCCCAGGACAUGCUACCCAUCACCACCCUCCUUUCGGAGCCGUACCACCCAAGGAAUGUCACCUCUGUGCGGUCCAACAACCUCCCACCCAUCCAGAAGACAUGUCAGACGGACUUCUGCUCCUCCUCCUGCCCUGCUGCACCCCCCUCCAUGCCCAGCCUGACUAAACCCAAAGCCCAGAGCAGCAAUGCCAAAAAUGCUCUGCUCAUUGAGAAGGUCAGAGGCACCACUGUAAAUCUACAGGAGGGACAGAAGACUUCACUGCACCACCACCACCACCACAACACCUCCAUCACCUCUUUACCACAGCACCGCACCGUCACCAACACCACCACCACCACCACCGCUGCUGUCGUUGCAGCCGCUGCCACUGCUACUGCCACGGCAAUAGACCCAUCUCACAUCACCAUCAACAGUAGCUGCAUCAUCUCCAUCAACAAUCCCAACAAUAACAACACUACUAGAAACAACAACAUCAUCUACCCUGACCAGUACUCAGCCUCUAGUGACUCAGGAAUGUCCCACAAGUCCUCCCAAGCAUCAGCCACUCAGACAACGAACAACCCUUACAGUUACUCCCUUCACCCAGCCUCUAGAGACUCCCCACCUCACACACUGUCACCUGCUGUGCCUUCCACCACCCCUUCAUGCAUCAUUAUCCCUUCAACACCCCCCAAGGAGACCCAGGAGACACAGGAGAAGAUGCACAUGAAGGAAACAAAACUGACAGUGAAGCACUCCAAAGAGGCUCCUGAGAAUGCAAGGAAAAGUCUGAGAGCUGUGGAAGAGGGUUUAGAAGGGGCAGGAAGCAACAGUUCUGGGCCAUCAUCCCUAUCAGCUCCCUGUUCACCUGCAAAGCCUCUGCUGCGGAAGACUGAGGCGGUGGACCUUGAGGAAUAUGAUUACUACAAAAAACUCAGCCGAGGAAUCUCAAAAGCAACAGACAAUGUGAAUCUGGUGUCCAAGGCUCGCUCAGAGUUUGCACAAGAGAUCUGGGAGGCCAUCGAUGCCAGCCGCACCCCAGUCUUCAUCGAGACUCCUGUGUUCACCUUCACCUUGCCGGACCUCAGCAUAUACUCAGAUGAGUUCCGAAUGUUCCUGGAGCGCGACCUGAUAGAGACAUCAACACUGGUCUCAUUGGAGGGUGCUGGACGCCUCAAUUGGUGGGCACUGGUGGGGGCGUCCCAGCGGCUCUGGCCCCUCGCUACCACCGGGGAUGGGAACUGUCUAUUACACGCUGCCUCUCUUGGCAUGUGGGGCUUUCAUGACCGGCUAUUGACGCUCCGUAAGGCCCUGCAUGAAUUCCUGACCCGAAGCCAAUUCAGUCGACCCUUGUGGAGGAGAUGGAGGUGGCAGGUGACGCAGCAGAACAGAGAAACAGACCUGGUGUACAGCGGAGAGGAGUGGGAAUCAGAGUGGGCCAAUGUGCUGCGCCUUGCCUCCAGUGCACCCCGAGGAGGGAAGGAAGCCACUGGAGAGGCACUGCAGGAUUCUGAGCACAGACUGAGUGCUCAUGACAACUCCAAUGGGAAGUCAUCUUCAUGCAAGAGACUUAGCAAUGGGUUUCAGGGUGAGCAGAACGAGGACUGUGCUGGCCGUGUGUAUGAGAGCCUGGAGGAGAUCCACGUGUUGGCUCUGGCCCAUGUGCUGCGGCGGCCCAUCAUUGUGGUGGCCGACCUCACCCUCAAGGAUGUGAGUGGGGAGCCUCUUGCCCCGAUACCCUUUGGGGGAGUGUACCUUCCCCUGGAGUGCCCCCCCAGUGAGUGCCAGAGGUCUCCACUGCUCCUCACCUAUGAUGCCGCUCACUUCUCCGCCCUGGUGGUCAUGGAGACACAGGCUGAGUGCAGUGCCUCUCAGCUUCCUGCUGUCAUCCCCCUGACUGACUGUUGCCAUGAGUUGCUGCCUAUCCAGUUUGUGAUUGAUCCUGGAGAGGACUUUGUGUGGGGGAAGGACGACCUCGACCCAAACGUGAUCCAGAAACUGACCAUCACCACCCAUGACAAGAUAGGCCUCCUUAACGAGUAUCUGGAUGUGACAAAGGUGGCCAUCCCUCCAUCUUACUUGGAGGCAUGCCAGGCAGUGGAUGAGGCAGAGUCCCCUGAGAACUAUCACCCAGAAAUUGAGAAAAAGUCAUCGGAAUCCAGCUUUGACUCAGACGAGGGUCCUCCAUAUACUGACGGCAUGGUAGGACUCUUCCCCAGCAAGAGCAAAGCAUCCAAACAGCUACAGACAGUAGCAAAGCAAUUUGGGAGCAUUGGCAAGUCCAUGUCCAAGAAGAUUAAAAAGAACUUUGGCACACUGUCUAAGUUGGGACGCACGGGAUCAUUCAGGAAGCGGGAUGAGUACGUGAAGACCUGCAGCCUGGCCAGGAGUAGUCGCAUGCCCAAGAUAUCCACACACCAGAAUUUCAUCUUGGCGGCGGAGAUCCACACAGAGAAACGCCAUGCUUAUCAGGAGGAGAUGGUGCGUAACUACCUCAACAAUGCGCGACGCAGGUUUGAGAAAGACCUGGAGGUGCGGCGGCGGCAGGAGGAGGAGGUGCGACAACUUGAGAAGGAGCAGUUAGAGCGACAGGCUGAGGUGGAGGGUCCAGUGCAGUGCAUCAACCUAGGCUGCAACAUGUAUGGUACAGCACUUACAUCUUACAUGUGCUCCACUUGCUUCUCCAAACAGCGAGAGCAAGAACAGGAGUACAAGCGUCAGGCAUCCUCCUCUUCAUCCUCUACUACUUCAUCUACAACCAACAACCUCAACUCCCCCAAGGCUCACCAUCCAAGGGUUUCUGAGGGGCCACAGUAUGGCGCUGGGAAAUCCAAGUUUUAUGCAGAGCUGGAUUCCUCUGCAGCAGGAGAAGCCAGCAAGAUCCCUGUCCACCAGGCACUCUCCACCAGAAAGGAUGGAACGCUCUACCUCUCCAACUCCACCUUCUACAACGAUGUGCCCUCCGUCCUAAGCUACAACAUGGCCAAGAGUCAGGCAGUGGGUGAUGAGCCAGAUGUCAGCCAGACUGUUUCAGCUAAGGGGGAGUCUGCCAUGAGGGUUACGGCUCCCUCAGUUACCUCUCUUGCUAAUCAGAGUGGUAUUGCUUUCACCCCCGUGGCAAUAGAUGAGGUUGGGAUCAGCAUGAGAGGAGAAGAAAGAUCAGAGAGCCCAAGCCAGCCUUGCCUCACCAGGGACUGCAAAUUUUAUGGGAGCUGCUCCACUAGUGGCUACUGUUCACGCUGUUUCCAAAAUGCUGGCUCCAGGAAUGUCAUGGUGCAGCAAAUCAAGUCUGUCCAGCUGUAAAUGCCCCAGUGUGCUUUUUUCCAGCAAACCAGUCAGCCAGACAGCCAGCCAAUCAGCCAGCCAGCCAGACCGCUAGCCAAGCCAGCCAGCCAAGCCAGCCAGCCAAGCCAGCCAGCCAGCCAGCCAGCCAGACCUCGCCUGUGUGUGUGUGUGUGUGUGUGUGUGUGUGUGUGUGUGUGCAGGUGGGUGGGUGGGUGUGUACAUGUGUGGGUCCUCCUUGUGGCUUUCUGUGUGCCUGUGUAUCCUGUGUAAAGAAACAUUUCUGAGCACACUAUUUUCUAGUCAUAGUCGUGUUGUCACACAGACGAGGUGUAUGUUUGUGGUUUGUGUCUCGGAGUGGAGAUGGUGGCAGGAAUGGUUGACAUGGCAGGGGAGUUAGUGGUGAUGGAGGUUGUGGAUAGGACAGUCAAUCGUGGUCGUUCUCUCAUCCUGACCAGUAGAAGGUAGAUGUGCCUUGAUGCUUGGGACAUGGGUCUCACUUACAUAGUGGUGUGGAAGGGGACCAUGGGAGCAAGAAGUUAUAAAAGUCACUACUUCAAAUGAUUAAGGGUGUGAAUGGAAAAGGAGGAACUUGUAAGUUUUUUGAUGACAGAUCUAGAUGCUGCUGUUGAGUCUUGUUUUGGCAAGUUUUCAAGGACACUGAAUGCUUUUAUUGAGUGUGUAUGUGGUGUCCAGCCCAGCUUGUGAAAGACAGAGUAAGGGCCUUAUUUAGUAAUGGUUGUUUGGUCUGCCCAGUUUAUCAAAGGGCAUGUGAAAAGGUCACUACAUCAGGCCCAAGAGGAUUUGAGGCUGCCUGCAAUACAAGGUGUUGAGAUGGAGUGUCCCACAUAUGAGGCCCCAGUGUUCACUUGGUGCACUGUUGUCUACCUCCAAGUUAUGGUUACAUAUUCCUAUCCUAACUUUAUAUUACCAGUGCAUGAUUUUCCCAUCUAUGUUCACCAUAUCAGUCAAAUUGACCUCAAGUGUUUUAUGAAUGUGAUCAAAAUUUAUUGUUUGCACUUGUGGAUUGGGUUUUUGUGGGCUGCUUGUAAAGUCUAUAUUUUCAUACUGUAUUUUACUGUUCAAUGUAGCCUAACUGUAGCUGCAACGGCAGAAUAUUGUGACACGUGCACUGGGUAUGAGUAGUGUUUACCGUGCGGGACAAGACAGCUUCAGCAUGUGUGGAAUUUCAUAUAUACAGUACUUGCAUAAAACAAAAGUGUUGCAUCCAUAAUUAGAACACAUACUCAAAAAAGUUAACCAUGACGGCUUUAAUUGCUUUAAUUUUAUAAGUGGUAUAUAAGUGACUCAUUGGAUGUACAUCAGCCUCUUGUAAUGAGGUGUGUGCUUUGUCCUUGUGACACCACACAUGCCUAUUCCAAGAAGGUCAUGUCCGUGUAGGGGAGGAGCAUCUGUCGGUCACCUGCUCAUAACAGCCGUCUGUGGCGUUCCGUGUCACUCCACUGGGUGUGUGUAGGCUCAGUGUGAUAUCACAGGUAACUGUAUUUUUAAUACGGCUUCUUCCAUUUCAUAAAACUUUAUAAAUAUUUUUGAAUGAUCGAGUGUACAACUCCUUUUGUACAAAAUAUUUAUUUUCAGCUGUACAGCACGGACUUAUGUACUAUAAAUAUCUACUUGUAAGAACAAGUAGAUUUUGUACAAAUUUUAUUUGUUAGAUGAUUCAUCACAAGAAAAUGUGUAGGUUGAGUUAGCUGCACCUUACUCUUUCUUCUCAACUUUUGAUGUGGCUUUGUGUAAGGGUUAACAAAACUCCAGCAGUUCAUUAUAUGGAGUUAUGUAAGUCACCUCAAUACUGCUGACCCAAGGCAGGACAAGGAGCCUUGGCAGCACAGCAAAACAAGAGGCAAUAAUCUUGUGUUCGUGUGGCACUGUGUCACUUUUUAGGUAAUGAAAUUAUUACUCAAUUCACUAUUACAUUUCUCUGUUCUACUUACCAGAAAAGAAUGUUAAGUGUUUGAUAUCAUUUGUGGCUUCAUAGUGUUAUCACCAUAUACAUGUUGCCUGUAUAUUUUGUUUGGAGUAUGUCUUAGUUGAGUUACCAGGAGUGUAAACUUCAGCUUAUCUGGUCAUUAUUGAUAGAUCCUUUGUCAUUUGUCUACAUUCCCUUCCUAGGUUGUGCAGUGUUCCUGUUGAUAUUUCCUGUCUGCAUAUGUUUCCAGCAACAGAAUCACUUAUUAUUCAUACAUAUGUAUUAUUAGAGAAAAUGUUAUGCUUCUACCACAGUUCUUUUCUCAUAUUCAUUUGUUCAUUGUAACAAAUAAGAAUCUCUUAAAUAUCACUGUUAACAAUUAUUUUUAUUGUGACGUUAAAUUUCUGUUUAGAAUAUUCUCCUUGUACACAAUUAUGAGUAUUUGUCCAGCGUCCAGUUCAUGAUUAAAGCUCCAAACCUCAAUGAUAUGCAGUAGAGCAGGAGCAGCAUGAGGUUGAAGUAAUUGGUUUCUUGUUGCUGUGUGGCAGUCUGAGGAGCCGAGGUGUUGGUGUGUUCUUGGACGGUAACAUCUCAUUCCUUCAAAUUUUCUGGACAUUAAUGUAAAUGUAUUUGAUUUCCUGAUUCUGGAAAAUUCCUAGUAAGGGAUAUCAUAAAUCAGUCAAAUCUUGGCCAAUAGAUUUGUGUCAUAUGAACUUUGCUGUGAUAACUUAUGUAGUUAUGUUUUUUAUUUUUUUCCUCAUAAUUAGGAAAAGUGUGCAGUGCCCAAGUCUGUCCUGCUGUGCUCAGUUAUAGCUCAGGAGGAAUUAGUAAGAUGUGUGUGCUUGUGUGUGUGUGUGUGUGAGGGUCUAUGGUGAUAUUAGUUGUCACCUCAUUCAGCAUGACGAGAGGUGGGCAUUUGUGGUGACAGUUUCGGGCUCACCUUUGAGAGGUUCAUGUAGUAGAAACUUUUCUUUCAGUAUAAGUGUGAGGCAGCUAUAAAAUGAGUUAAUUGGGUACCUGUUUUGGAUUACAAUGAUAUGAAUUGGUAAAGAUGGCUUAAAAGCAGUGUAUAGUUAUGAAAUUGGAAUAGAAUGCAAUUUUCUUGUGAAUUAAUGCCAGGUGUUACUACAGUAAUUUUACAGUUUUCAUGGUAUACAAAAAUUAUACUGGGAGUACAGGAUACAGUUCAGACAGUGAAGCAUAGGGGCACUGCAGUUCAAUUUUUUUUUCUGUAGAUAUUAGAAUAGGAAAAUAUAUUGGGUGCUGGUGGAGAAUUUUCACCAGCUAGACCCGUGAAAAGCUUUACAUUCAUCUAUUGUGUUCAGUGGUAUGACAAAAAAAAAAGUAGGUUCAGUUUUAUUGGUGCAUCAGUGAAUGAGAUUUUACUGUCUACAGCAACACUCAUGCAGGCAGAUAUUCAAGAGCUUGGUGAUGCAGCCUGGUUGUGAAGCACCCUGUAGUUACUCCAUGUUCAAGGACAAACCAAACAUUACAGAUGGAGUGCAUAGAGGAUUAGAGUGCCCCUGAGUUUAUGUAGUAGUCAGUACCAAGAUAUUAUUUUAUAGUGAUAUAUUUUAAGUCACCUGCAAGCCAACUCAGGCUGUGGUAUUAGUGACAUCUUGGGAUGGGUGGCGUUUUAGUUAGAUUUUCCAGGUGAGGGGAAAUAACAAGCUGUGAUCUGUGGUGUUUCAGAUCUUUGAACUGGUAAUCUUGAGUCUCAUCUUCUUCUGCCUGUGAGGUGAUUGAUAUUCUUAUUCUUUAUGUAGAAAAUACUGAAUAUUUUAUUUAUCCAUAGGGAAAUUGUUAAUUAUUAUUAGGGUUAAGAUGUGUAUAUUGUACUAUGGCAUAAAUCAUUCACCAUUUUCAUGUGUGAACUGGAAGGAAACUAUUUAUACAAUGAAUUUUAUAAGAAUGCAUGAAACUAUAUCAUAGGGAAUAUUCUUGAUGUAUUUUCUUUAAAAUGAUUUAUUUUCUGAUGUUAAACUCCUAACUAAUUGCUAGUCACAUCAUGCUGUCAGUCGCCUUACUUGUACCGCUGUGCCCUGGCCAGCGCUGUGCCCCAGCAGCACCGCCGUGUAGUGGUCUGCUGCAGUGCUGUACACAAAUGCACUGUAGUUACUGAAGCCAUAGCAUAUAACAGUUCAUUACUCUAGAAUGCAUACAUAAAGCCGUACCCAGGCAUUGUGUAUGUACCUGUGUGCCCUGUAUAUAUGUACAGGUUUUGCAAAUGUACAUAAGAUACACUCGCAGACCUCGUGAUACACACCAGAAUGCUUUGUAUUCAUAGAUUUAUCAAUAGUGAAUUUGAUACAAACCUGAUUUACAGGUUGACAUUGCUUUCAAUGUGUAAAUCUUAAAUCUUUUUCAAUAAUUGAUGAUCACCUUUUUUAACUCCAUUAAUGUUUGCACUAAGAGAGCAUUCAAUAUUUUCUGGUCUAAAUUGAUAGUUUCCAAGAGUGAGAAGUAUCAGUCCAACACCAGUGGCAUGCCAGUCCCUGCCUGCGGCUCUGCAAUUUGUACUUUUCUUGGCAAAACGGUGCUUAUUGAAUCACGGAAAAGCAUGUUUGUAUAGCUCAUGCAGGGGAGCUGUGUGUGGCACGUGCCACACUGUGUCCUCAUGGCCAGCAAGGUGCUGUCAGUCAGGGUUUAGAAUUACCAAUCACAGAGUUCUGUUGUGCCUUUCAUGUAAGUGAGGCUUAGCUCGUGUGCAGGGAAAAUAGGCCUUAAACUGGCAUGCUAUUGCCAGAUUGCAGACAUCGAGCCCAUGCAGAGAAAGGGAUUGGUGUAAAUAUCGAUGUCCACCAAGGUGAACAUUUUCUUCAAUAAACAGCAAACUUCGUCAUCAU